CAUUCGCUCGCGCUCGGUUCCCCUCGACAAGCGUUUCCUCAAUUGCCGUCUCUUAUCCCAUUCGUUCCGCACGACUCGACUCGACUUUUUGUCUCUUCGAGUUUUCUCCGGAGUUUUGAAUCUCCCCAUUCUUUCCAUCUUCGAAUUGUAGCACGGAUAUUGGCGAUUUAGAAUGACGACAAACGUGCAAGUGAAGAGAGUGACGGAGCCUUACGGUCUCUCCGAAGGGCCUCACUGGGAUCAUCGUACUCAAAAGUUGUACUUCGUCGAUAUCUACAACCAGUACAUACGUAGACUAGACGUUGCGACAGGUGUUGUGACAAGUACAUACAUAAAUCAUGGCCCCGUUUCAGUUGUAGUGCCUGUGGAUGAUUCAACAGACGAAUUUGUAGCUGGUUCCGGAAGAGAUGUUAUUCUUGUUACUUGGAACGGAACGGAAAAUCUGUCAAAUACAAAACCCAAGGUGUUAACUACUGUGGAUCUUACCCACACCAAUACAAGAACCAAUGAUGGAAAGGCCGAUUCGUCCGGAAGACUUUGGAUCGGCACUAUGGGUGACGAAAUUGAUGGACAACCGUCGCCGCCAAACCUAGGAUUAUUAUCCCGCAUUGACGAUGAGAUGAAACACGUGGUAGAGAUAAGUCCUGUUUCCAUUAGUAAUGGAUUGGCGUGGAAUAUCCAGGACGACACUUUCUAUUACAUUGAUUCGCCCACGCGUGUAAUCGCGGCGUAUGACUACGAUCCGAUUAACGGGAAAAUCAGUAACAGAAGAGUUGUAUUUGAUUUGAACGACACUGACCUCAGCGGAGUACCUGAUGGAAUGACCAUAGAUACAGAUGGCAAUCUCUGGAUAGCGCUGUUCGGUGGACAUCAUAUUAUCAAUGUAAAUCCCAAAACGAAACAACUGCUGCGCAAAAUUAAGCUCCCAGCUGAAAAUGUGACCAGUGCUGCAUUUGGUGGUCCGCUUCUCGAUAUUUUGUACGUGACUACAUCGGGUCAUGGUUUAACCGCGGAACAGCGAAAAGAGACACCUUACGCUGGCUCCGUAUUCGCGAUAGAAGGCUUGGGUGUUCACGGACUCAUUGCAAACUCGUUCAAGAUAAGUGAUUUGAAACAAAAGUAAAAAUAAAGCAGAUUAAUCAAACGACAGAUAUUUGAAAUACAAAUCAAGAGAUGCAUCUUCUCUCCUUAUGAGAGAAUAAAUAAAUAUGUAUGUGCACUAUUAAUUUGAUAUAAAAACUUUAAAUAAAAACAUUGAACAAACUA